GUGACGUUGUGGACGUGUCAUUUGUGGACGGCUCGUUGGUGGCGUUGCGCAGGUUCAUUUUUGUAAAAGUCUUGUUGGAGUCUUAUUAUUGAACUAAAGUUGAAUGGUUUCAUGUGAAUUGAUCAGUUGAUAAUUAAGUUAGGGUAGUUAAAUAACACUAAAUCAAAAUGGGAAUCAAAUUCCUGGAAGUUAUAAAACCAUUUUGCAGUAUAUUACCGGAAAUAGCGAAACCGGAGCGAAAGAUACAAUUCAGAGAGAAAGUAUUAUGGACAGCUAUCACAUUAUUUAUUUUCUUAGUAUGCUGCCAGAUCCCAUUAUUCGGCAUAAUGUCAUCAGAUAGUGCGGAUCCGUUCUACUGGAUCCGUGUGAUCCUGGCCUCCAACAGAGGAACCUUAAUGGAACUUGGCAUCUCCCCCAUCGUCACAUCAGGCCUCAUCAUGCAACUGUUAGCCGGUGCAAAGAUAAUAGAAGUUGGUGACACUCCAAAAGACAGAGCACUAUUUAAUGGAGCUCAAAAAUUGUUUGGCAUGGUGAUAACAGUGGGCCAGGCUAUUGUGUAUGUAAUGACUGGCAUGUAUGGAGAGCCCAGUGAGAUUGGUGCCGGCGUGUGUCUGCUCAUCAUCAUACAGCUGUUUGUGGCGGGACUCAUUGUGCUGCUGCUGGAUGAACUGCUGCAGAAAGGAUAUGGUCUGGGCUCUGGUAUCUCCCUGUUCAUUGCCACCAACAUUUGUGAGACUAUUGUAUGGAAGGCGUUCUCACCUGCAACCGUUAACACUGGUCGUGGUACAGAGUUCGAGGGCGCAGUGAUAGCCCUGUUCCACCUGUUGGCCACCCGGCCGGACAAGGUCAGGGCUCUGCGUGAGGCAUUCUACCGCCAGAACCUGCCCAACCUCAUGAACUUGCUUGCCACCGUGCUCGUCUUCGCUAUAGUUAUAUACUUCCAGGGCUUCCGAGUGGACCUACCCAUCAAGUCAGCCCGCUACCGCGGCCAGUACUCCUCCUACCCCAUCAAACUGUUCUACACCUCCAACAUCCCCAUCAUCCUGCAGUCUGCGCUCGUCUCCAACCUCUACGUCAUAUCACAGAUGUUGGCGGUGAAGUUCAGCGGCAACUUCCUGGUGAACCUGCUGGGCGUGUGGGCGGACGUGGGCGGCGGCGGGCCGGCGCGCGCCUACCCCGUGGGCGGCCUGUGCUACUACUUCAGCCCGCCCGAGUCGCUGGCGCACAUCGCGCAGGACCCCGUGCACGCCGUGCUCUACAUCUUCUUCAUGCUGGGCUCGUGUGCCUUCUUCUCCAAGACGUGGAUCGACGUGUCGGGCUCCUCGGCCAAGGAUGUCGCAAAACAGUUGAAGGAACAGCAAAUGGUGAUGCGUGGACACAGAGACAACUCAAUGAUCCAUGAGCUCAACCGGUAUAUCCCUACCGCUGCUGCCUUUGGUGGUCUUUGCAUCGGAGCCCUGUCAGUGCUGGCUGACUUCCUCGGAGCGAUUGGCUCAGGCACGGGAAUCCUGCUCGCUGUCACCAUCAUAUACCAGUACUUUGAGAUAUUUGUCAAGGAGCAAGCGGAGAUGGGAGGCAUGAGUACACUUUUGUUCUAAGUCUAGGAUUCAACGGUCAUAUCUGUACAAUUAACUAAAGAAUAGGCACAGACAAAUUAAAAUUAUUUGUUGUAAUUUUUAUUUUUUAUUGCACUUUAAUAACAUAUAGCAACACUAAAUAGUUCAAGAGGUGGUUUUUUCUAAAGCAACCUAGAGAUUUCAUAGACUAGAGAGUGGGAUGAUGUUAAAAUAUAUAAAUGAUAAAUAAUAAUUUUCAUAUAUUAUAUUGUUAUGUGUGAAUAUGACUGUUAGAAAAGUAAUUUAUAUAUAUAGAAGCAUACAGUUUUAUGCACCUUAUAUUAAAAAUAAUGUUUAAAGACAAAACCACAGAGUGCAUUAGGAAAGACCUUUAGCUGCACUUUUCUUUCACUUCGUCUUUUCUGCUCUUUCUCGUUUUAGAAUAGAUUUAUCAAUUCUAUAUUUUUCGUUGAGUUUUUAACAGUAUAUUUUGAUAUAUUUAUGAAAAUUUCUAUUAACUCUUUAAAAGGCUAAGUUUGUUUUGUUUUAGCUCACUUCUGGUUGUAAAUUUUAGUAUUUUAAUUUUAGAUGUUAUACAGUAGGGCCAAAGAAACAAGAUAUAUGAAUAAUAUUAUACUUUAAUAACUAGAGCAAAAAGUACACUUUGUAUCUUGUCUUUCUGGCUUUAUUUAAGUAUUUUAAUUUUAAAGUUUUCUAUUUUUUCAUAGUUCGUUGUACAGGUAUGAUUGUGAAGGAAUACUCUGAUAGUCUCAUGCCUGACGGAACGACCAAAGUUCCUGCUCUAUGUUAUUUAUGCCAUUAAAAUCGUAAAUGUAUUUUUCAUGUCCACUCAUAAAGAAAAGUAUUGGAUUACAUGCUUCCAAGUUUAGAUUUUUUUUGUUACCUGGCAACACAUUCACACUCUGUACUUGUGAGUGUCUAUGAAAGACGUGACGUCACAUUAAGAUUACACGCAUUAAAUUUCUCUAUUUUUGAUGCAAUGCGAUUGAUAUUUUCUAUUUCCUAUCUGUACGCUAAAAAACAAAGUAACGUGACAUAGUCACUUUUUAUCCUUUAAUGAAUGAGUUGCCAUGUAAAAAUAAAUAAUUUAUAUUUGAAGUCAUACAGAUGAAAAUACUACCGAUUGAUAUGGACAUAGACAAAUAUAAGCUGGUGUUGGUUUUUAUAUUACCUAUUUAUGUAUAUAAAAAACGUAGUCGUUCCAUCUGGUUGCGCGUGAUUGGAGUGCGUGGGUUAUGUGCUAUUUAUAUGAUAAAUUUUUAAUAAUAAAAUAAUUUACCGAGA